GUGUGUGUGUGUGUGUGUGAUCUGUGAGUUGCGUGUCUGUUGCUUCUCAGGGGGCGGACUUGAACCUGAGACUGGAACUGGUGCUGGUUCUGCUCCUGGUCCGGCUCGGUGGAUCAGCCCCGUCUUUGCCCGCUGAAUCGUCUCUGCCUCCGCGGAGAUGUCAGGUGUCACCUCGGACCAGGUCCUGAACCGAACCGGAUCCCGGCCGGAGCGGCAGGAGGCCGGGAUCCUGCAGCCGCAGACCGUGUUCGUCAUCCUGGACUCGGCUGAAACACUCAAUCUGCUCCGGGUGGAGUCUGGGAUUGUCGCUGACAUCGAGGUCGACAAUUUGUUGCCUUCAGGCUGCGAUGCCUUCUACGAGAUCAAGAGUCAGCCAAUCAGCAUCAGUACAUCAGCAGCAGCUUCCUCCCCUUCCUCAUCAUCAUCGUCCUCACUGACGUCGGUGAUGUCAUCCAGGGUGUUAAUGCGUCAGGACCUGAUGCGUCAGCAAACUCUGGAGGCGGAGUUUAAGGAGGCGCAGCAUCAUCAUCAUCAGUUUCGCUCCUCUGACUCCUCGUUGCCUGUGUCUGUGUCGUCCUCCUGCAAACCUCCUGCUCAGGUUCCUGUGGAGGUGCUGAAGGUGCAGACUCACCUGGAGAACCCGACCCGGUAUCACAUCCAGCAGGCUCAGCGGCAGCAGGUGCGUCAGUAUCUCUGCACCACUCAGACAACCAUCGCCCCCAGGACAGCCAAUCACAGGCCAUCUGAGCUGUCCUCAAGCCACUCCCCCCAGCUGGGCUGUGCCCCCGGACUGCGGCCAGGAGAUGGCGCACAGGAAGUGGAAGAGACCGUCAUUGAUGACAUCAUCAGCCUGGAAUCGAGCCUCAACGACGAAUUUCUGACGCUGAUUGACUCCGGUCUACAGCUCGCCAACACGCUGCCUGUCUCUGGGACGAUGCUGGACGUUUACAGCAGCAAUGGAGGUUUGGCCACGCCUGCUAUCAACGUUAGUAACAGUUGCCCGGCCGAGCUUCACGCCAUCAAGACCGAGCUGAUCGAUGUGGAGACAAAAACUCUGGUCAAAGAGAGACAGAAGAAGGACAACCACAACCUCAUCGAGAGGAGGAGGAGGUUCAACAUCAACGACCGCAUCAAAGAACUCGGAGCGCUGAUCCCCAAAUCCACCGACCUGGAGAUGAGGUGGAACAAAGGGACCAUCCUGAGGGCUUCGGUGGAUUACAUCCGCAAAAUGCAGAAAGAACAGCAGAGGGCGCGAGAGCUGGAGGAGAGACAGAGGAGGCUGGAGAACGCCAACCACUCGCUGCUGCUCCGCAUACAGGAGCUGGAGCUCCAGGCUCGUCUCCAUGGCCUCACCGCCUCCUCUUCCUCGCCUCCCCCCGCCUCCUCCUCUUCUACUCUUCUUUCCCCCACUCUGCCUCACCCCUUCUCCUCCCUGGCGCCUCCCUCCCUGGAUCUGGACGCCCUGAGCUUUGUGGAGCUGGACGAGCCUCGGGGAGCCUCCACUGUCUUCUCUGCCGACCUGAUGGCGGACGUGGGGCUGACGGAGCUCCACAGCCUGGGAGACAUCCUGAUGCAGGAGGGGGGAGGACGGGGAGGGGAGGUGAUGUCUGACCCCCUGCUGUCCUGUGGAGCCUCUAAGAGCAGCAGCAGGAGGAGCAGCUGGAGCAUGGACGAGGACCUCUGAUGACAUCAUCACGUACGCAGGGAUCUUAUUGGCCAGGACUCAGACCAGAGAUUUUUUAAAUGUUCAUCUUUUAAAAGAAAUAUUAUUCAUCCAAAUGAACAGAAUAUAAAAGUGAUGUCACAGGGAGCAAAGGUGUCCUACAGAGUAACCAUGGUAACUGUUCUCUGUGUGUGUGUGUGUGUGUGUGUGUGUGUGUGUGUGUGUGUGUGUGUGUGUGUGUGUGUGUGUGUGUGUGUGUGUGUGUGUGUGUGUGUGUGUGUGUGUGUGUGUGUGUGUGUGUGUUUGUGUGGUUCAUAACAGUUCAGUUAAAAUGAUCUAUAUAUAGAUAUUAAGCUUUAUUUUGGAGUCCGUCUCCGUCUCCGUCCCCCCCCUCCCUGAAAAUCUUUUAAAGGGGCUCUAUGUAAAAGUUAGCUACAUAGCUGAUGUUAGCUAACGUUAGCAUUUGCAGCUCACCAAGUUCUGGUGAAGUGUUUUCUUCCACUGAAGAUAGCAUGCUAACCAGCUAGCAUGCUGACCAGCUAGCUGCAGCCCGUCUGCUGCUCCGAGGACACGUUAUGCUAUCAUUAGCUCUGUGCUGAUGUCAUUCAGAAUCUUGUGGCACAGAUUUUUGUAGCCACGCCUCCAUCUGUGACAUCACAGCAGGUAUCUCCCCUGUUCAGGACUCACAAGCUCCUGCUGCAGAAUCUGUUCUGGUCUCAGUCAAAGGAAUAUUAAACAUUUAUUACAGCAGAGUUCAUUCUGGAGAGAGGCUUUACCCUCAUUUAUAAUGAUCAACAUACAGAAUUAGAAUUAUAAAACCAACUUUAUCAACUCAUUUAACAUUAAAUAGAUCAAAAGUCCAGAUAUUUGUUGACACUGAGUAAAGUAAAAGCAGUUGAAUUGACUCUUUGAACCCAGUGAUGUUCAGAACAGAGAUCCAGCCACAGCUACAAUAGUAACGACAGCUUCAUGAAGAAGGGAUUCAUUUCAUUUAGAAUGUUCAUGUAAAUGACUGUAAUCUCAGUUUUUAUAGAUCAAACUUUUAUACCGAAAUAAAUUCAUGACAAUCCA